AUGGCUCGCCGCAGAGUAAAAAAGAGAACCCACAUGGGUGCCAACAACCCCGAGUCCAACAUCCAGGGCCACGCCACGACCAAGGACCCCAAGAGCAUGGUCAUCCGCAUUGGCGCUGGCGAGGUCGGCACCAGCGUCAGCCAGCUCGCGACCGACGUGCGCAAGGUCAUGGAGCCCGGCACCGCCAGUAGACUCAAGGAGCGCAGGGCCAACAAGCUCAAGGACUACCUGGCCAUGUGCGGGCCGCUGGGCGUGACGCACCUGAUGCUCUUCUCGCGAUCCGAGAGCGGCAACACGAACCUGCGCGUGGCGCUGACGCCGCGCGGCCCGACGAUGAACUUUCGCGUCGACCAGUACUCGCUGUGCCGGGACGUGCAGAAGAUCCAGAAGCACCCCAAGGGCAUGGGCAAGGAGUUUCUCACAGCGCCUCUCCUCGUAAUGAACAACAUGACUCGCCCUGACGCCGGUAGCAACUCCAAGGUACCGCGACACCUGGAGACGCUGGCGACGACCGUCUUCCGAUCCAUGUUCCCACCCAUCAACCCGCAGGCAACGCCGCUCAAGUCGAUCCGGCGCGUCGUCCUGGUCAACCGCGAGGAGGCCGACGACGGCACCUUUGUGCUCAACUUCCGGCACUACGCCAUCACGACGCGCCACACGGGCGUCUCCAAGCAGCUGCGGCGCAUCAACGCCGCCGAGAAGCUCGUCACGACCAAGAACUCGCGCCAGGCGCACAUGCCCAACCUUGGCCGGCUGCAGGACAUCGCCGACUACAUGGUGGGGCAGGACGGCGAGGGAAGCGGGUACAUGACGGAGGCGACCAGCGGCAGCGAGCCGGACACGGACGCCGAGGUCGAGGUGCUCGACGCGGCGCCGCGCAAGGUGCUGUCGACCAAGGCGCGGCUGGCGGCGGAACUCAACGGCGAGGCUGGGCCUGCGGAGGGCGGGGAGGAGGGCACGGUGGAGAGGCGCGCGGUCAAGCUGGUGGAGUUGGGCCCGCGGAUGCGGCUGCGGCUGACAAAGGUCGAGGACGGCCUGUGCGGUGGCAAGAUCAUGUGGCACGAGUACAUCCACAAGAGCAAGGAGGAGGUCAAGGACCUGGAGAAGCGCUGGCAGAAGCGCAGGCAGGAAAAGGAGGCGCGCAAGAAGGAGCAAAAGGCGAAUGUGGAGCGCAAGAAGGCGGAGAAGGAGGCGAGGAAGGGCAACAAGGGUGGCGAGGACGAGGAGGAUGAGGAUGAGGACAUGGAGGAUUAUAGCGACUUUGACUAUGAGGGCGGUGGUGGUGAGGGCGAGGGGGAGUGGGAGGAUGAGGGUGAAGAGUAG